CGGACCCGAAACCGGCAUAAAAGUUGGACCCGACCACAACUCCCCUACAUAUAUUUCAGAUCAAGAGAAGCACCCAGAUCUUAGUUCUGAGAUUCAGAUCAACGACACUUAAACAGCAAAUUAGCCUGAUUAGCAUGGAGAUCCCGGUACGAAGGGACGUGAUAAUGCUUCGCCGCGUCUACGGCGACGACGCCGCCACGGCAUCCGUGGUACGCAGCCUCCUCGCCCCGGUCGCGAACCAGCUCUCCGGGUCCGGGGACACCUCCGACCUCCACCGCCGCCUCGUCCUGGUCCAACUCCGCUCGUUGAAAGGCCCAGAGGACGUGCGCGCCGCGUUCGUCGGCGUCGAGGCAGUCGCGAUCUGCAUCCUCCUGAUGAGGGCGGUGGUCGUCUUCGAGACCGAAGCCGGCGCCGCGCGCGCGCUGCAGGAGCCCGCCAAGGAGGCGAUCGGGCCGUGCACGGCGGUCCCGUCCCUAGACUUGGCCGCCGGAUGCCAUUUCAUCCCCUACAAAAUAAUCGAGGUGUCGGCUCCCGCGGGGUCAUCCGGCGCGCCACCGCCGCCGCCGCCGGAGCCAAGCAUGGAGGAUCGCGCUCGGGCGUUUCAGGAGAUGUGUGAGCGGAAGCCGAUGAUCGACUACGAUGGCCCAGCUGAGUGGAAGACCUGUAGGCCUGGCAUGACGACCAUCACGCAGUUCGCGCCGUCGGUGGAUUCGUUGGUCCACGGCCCGACGCUUGGAGGCGGCGGCUAUCUGUGGAUGCACGGCAGGAUGGUCACGUACUACCAUGCGGAGGCCGGCAAGCCGUGCGGCAGCGAACUCAAUGAUGUGUCGAUACGAGUCAAGCAAGAAGAAACCCACCCAACCAAGAUACGUGUCACGCCUCUCGAACCGCUCGUUUACGUUAACCAAUUCGGGCGUGCACCUGUUUAGUGUUUGUUCGACAGCAGGAUCAAAGCAGAAUCUUCUGGUCUUUUUUUAGGGCAGAAUCUUCAGGUCCUGGUAGCCGAUGAACUUGUAAGGACGACUGGGUUAUGUUCUUGUUUAGGUUAUGAUGUUUGGGUUAUGUUGACUACAUUGUUCUUGUUUGUUUUUUAAGGGUUUGUCUAGAUCACAUCUAGAUGUGACAUAAUUAUGAACAGAAUAUCCUGCAAUGAAACAGACCCCGCAAGGCUGAACAGUAAAACAGAAUAUUCGCGAGGUUUGUUCCGCCGCUGCCCGUGUCAGCCCUUAAAUCGAAAAAACAAUCAUCCAAAUACUAAAGAACCAAUGGAAAUUGUACUUUUCCUCGAUGGACCUUAAUUUUUUGCGGUUCUCUCCCUCUAGCUUCUACAUGCUGGCACCACCCAUGGAGUAGUGUUU